AUGACGGGCAAACGGGAGAUUGAAGAAUUCCUCAUGCAUAUUGAGGAUGCAACGGAGGACAUGGCCUUGUACUAUUUGGAAAUGUGCAACGGUAACUGCAAUGAUGCUCUACAGCUGUACUACGAAAUAAACGGUGGGCCUGCUGCUCAUGGAGGACAGACCGAGGACCCAGCAGGGUCCGCAGAAGCCACACUAACAGAUGGAGAUGUCGGACAAGCAACAAGUGGCCACAAACAAGUUCGAGUAGAAGAAAAUUGCAGUACCCAGUGUGAUGAUAGCGUUAGAGAACCGGAUAAGCAUUUUAACCAAGCGUUAAUUCACGACAUGGAUUACUCGAAUUUUUUACACAUUAAUACAAAGAACAAGAAUGAAAAAAAAAAAGAAAUGGAAUUAGGGGACACGUUUGGGAAGCUGUUUUCAGCACCCACCUCUCUCAUUUGCUCGCUGUCUUUGGAAGAGGUGAGGAAAAAGGCGAGAGCGGAAAAUAAGUACAUCCUUGCGAGCAUUCAGAAUUCCGAAUUCGACUCCCUGAAGCUGAAUAGGGACAUAUGGAACAACGAAAUGGUGCAGGACAUCAUCAAGGACUUCUUCAUUUUUUGGUUGCGCCACGAGCACGACCAGGACGCACUGAUCUUCACCAGCACAUACAAGGUCACGAAGCUGCCGCACAUCUGCGCCCUGUGCAAAAGAACCGGACGAAAAAUAAAAGUAUGGAACAUCAAAAAUUUUCAAGAUCCAAUAUGUGCCCAGUCUCAGUUGUACGAAUUUAUCGAAAUGAUGGUUUCUAAAAAUGAGGGCGAUGUAGGAACAGUGAGCAAAGGAGCUCAUCCGUUUGAACUUCGCAGUGAGGUGGUCCCAACUCAAGGAGAAAAUAAAAACAGUAUGUGCAGUGUCGUUCAUACAAACGGAUCGUGUAAGACUUUAAAAGGGACAACAGCACCUGGGGUAGGGGGACCGCAUGUGGUUGAUAGCAAACAUAAAGUUUGUGGCAGCCCUGAAGGUUUUCUAAAAGGAACAAAGGAGCCAACAGCUGAGGAAGCAACAAAUGAGGACGCAACAACUAAGGGGCCAACAGCUGAGGAAGCAACAGCCGAGGGUAGAGAAAACGCAGUGCAGUACAACAAAAUAAAUAACGAGUUGUCCGAGCUACACAAAUUGAGAUUACAACGGUUUCGGAAGGGAUAG